AUGCUUGGAGAUCCACACGAGCCACUUCACAAGUACCACCAGUCAGGAGACUUCUUCAUCGGAGGCAUUGCUUCUCAGACCUUCAUAAUUUCCAGUCCAGUAGACUUCACCCAAGAGACCCCAUCUGCAUCAUAUGAAGAGCUGGCUUUAAUAACUAAGAAUUACCAGCACAUCCUAGCCUUGGCGUUUGCAGUGAAGAAUGUCAAUGAAAAUCCCCAUCUCUUACCCAAUGUCACUUUGGGGUUCCACAUUUAUGACAGCUAUUUCACAGCCAGAAAUACCUACCUUGCAACAAUGCUUCUUAUCUAUACAUUGGGGAGAUUUCUUCCCAACUACAAAUGUGACCCUCAGAAUACCCUGAUUGGAGUUAUUGGGGGAUUGGACCCACUAACUUCACUUCAUAUGGCAACAGUCUUGGAUAUAUACAAGAUUCCACAGCUUAUAUAUGGCCCUGCUCCAGUGAUGAAUGAUAAAACUCCUGGCCUUCCAUUCUACCAAAUGGUCCCUCCUGAAAAACAACAGUAUACCGGGAUUUGCUCUUUGCUGCUGUAUUUUAGAUGGACAUGGAUUGGGAUCCUUACUUUCAAUGAUGAGAAUGGAGAUAGAUUUCUAGAAGCUGUAUUUCCAAUCUUUUCCAAGAGUGGUAUUUGUUUUGCUUUCAUAGAAAGAAGCCACACCUUUUCUGUGGUUGACAAAAUUAAUGAGAUGUUUGAGCAAGGGGGAAAAAUACAUGACAGAAUCAUGGACAGCAAAGCCAAUGUAGUAGUAGCUUAUGGACCAUCAUAUUCCGUGGUGUUUUUGAGAUGGUUUCCACAUCUAUCAGGACAGGAAAAGGUGACAAAUAAACCAGAAGGAAAAGUCUGGAUAAUGACAGCCCAGAUGGAGCUCACUUCAAUGGUCUAUCAAAGGACUUGGGAUGCAGAAACAAUCCAUGGUUCUCUGUUCUUCUCAGUUCAUUCCAAUGCUGUGCCAGGCUUUCAGCAAUUUAUGGCAAGCAGAAAUCCUUCCAACACCACAGGAGAUGGUUUCAUCAGAGAUUUCUGGCAACAAGCCUUUGCCUGUGUAUUUCCAGACAUUAAUGAGGUAGUUGGGGAGAUAUGUACAGGCAAGGAGAAGCUGGAGAUCCUACCUGAACCUCUGUUUGGAAUGAACAUGACUGGUCACAGCUACAGUGUCUACAAUGCUGUCUAUGUGUUGUCCUAUGCUCUACAUGUUUGGUUUUCAUUUAGAUUGAGAGGCAAAAUGGUGAUGGACAGAAGGGGAUUGAAAUUUCAGAAAGAAUGCUUGUGGCAGCUUCACUCUUUUCUAAAAGAUGUCUCAUUUAACAACAGUGCUGGGGAAAGGAUCUCUUUCAAUCAGAAUGGGGAAUUAACAACUGGAUUAGAUAUUAUUAAUUGGGUUGUUUCCUCAAACCAGUCUUUUCAUGCAGUGAAAAUAGGAAGAAUUGACUCCCUGGCUCCUCCAGACAAGGCAUUCACCAUCAAUGAAAGUAUCAUAACAUGGCACAGGGCAUUUAAUCAGAUACAGCCCCUUUCCUUGUGCACUGAGAGCUGCUACCCUGGUUCUAUCAAGAAAGUGAAGGAAGGGGAGCCAUUUUGCUGUUACAGUUGUAUCCCCUGUCCAGAUGGGAAGAUUUCUGAUCAAAAGGACAUGAAUGACUGCUAUACGUGUACCAAGGAAAAACAUCCAAACAAAAAACGAGAUUUCUGUAUCCACAAGGAAAAAAGCUUCUUGUCUUUUGAAGAACCAUUAGGAAUUGGUUUAACAUCUUUUGCUCUUGCCUUUACCUUGAUCACAGCUUUGGUGCUAGGAACAUUUAUGAAGCACCACAAUACUCCCAUUGUGAAAGCCAACAACAGGGACCUCACCUAUCUUCUCCUUGUCUCCCUACUACUAUGCUUCCCCUGUGCCUUGCUGUUCAUUGGCCAGCCUGAAAAGGUGACAUGUCUCCUUCGGCAAACUGCUUUUGGUAUCAACUUCUCAGUGGCUAUUUCUUCUGUGUUGGCAAAAACUAUCACUGUGAUUCUCGCUUUCAUGGCUACCAAACCAGGAUCUGGGAUGAGGAAAUGGAUAGGAAAGAGAUUGACUUAUUCCAUUGUUAUUGCUUGUUCCCUUAUUCAAACAAGUAUUUGUUUGGUGUGGUUGGGGACUUCUCCACCAUUUCCAGAUGUUGACAUGCACUCAAUGGCAGAAGAAAUUGUACUGGAAUGUAAUGAAGGUUCUGUUACUAUGUUUUACUGUGAUCUGAGUUAUAUGGGCUUCCUAGCCAUUGUCAGCUUCUCUGUGGCUUUCUUUGCAAGGAAUUUACCUGGAGGUUUCAAUGAAACAAAGUUAAUCACAUUCAGUAUGUUAGUCUUUUGCAGUGUUUGGAUAUCCUUUAUCCCAACCUAUGUGAGCGCCAAGGGAAAAUACAUGGUAGCUGUGGAGACCUUCUCAAUCUUAGCCUCAAGUGCUGGAUUGCUUGCUUGCAUCUUUGCACCAAAAUGUUACAUUAUUGUGUUGAGACCCAAACUGAAUAAAAAAGAGCAAUUAAUCAGAAGAUAA